ACGUCUCUCGCGCAGGCUUUUUCCCUUCUUCGCAUACAUCUCUUCGGGCUGUCUGGACUCUGAAGUACAACCGGCCAUGGCCACAUAUGACUCGCUACAUCGGCAAUGCCGCACGCUCGAAGCGCUCUUCGAUACCAAGCUUACCGCAUACGCACGCCUCGCCUCGUCCAUUUCACGCAACAACGACGAUCUCGAGUCAGGCGGAUCCUCAGAGAGAUGGAAGGACCUCGAGGUUGAGGUUGACGAGCUGCUGGAGAAACUACAAGAGAUCAACGACCAGUUGUCCACCCUUUCAAACGACACAGAGAACCCUCCAUCGCAGUCUAUGCUCCGCGCUAUCCAAAGACAUAGGGAGGUCUACUUGGAUUAUGCGCGAGAACUGAGACGAACGAAGGCCAAUGUGAAGACAGCUCUUGACCAGGCUAAUCUACUCAGCGGCGUCAGGAACGAUAUAGAUGCCUACAAGUCCUCAGCAGCAGACUCCUUGCUCGCCGAACGCGGACAUAUUGACAGUUCGCAUCGAAUGACGGACGACAUGAUUGCGCAGGCGUACGAAACCCGUGCAGAAUUCGCGCGCCAACGGACAACCAUCUCGGGGAUCAACGCGCGUAUGCAGGGCGUCCUCAGUUCUAUUCCUGGUAUCAACAACCUACUCUCGAUGAUCAAGACGCGGCGGCGCCGGGAUGCACUCAUCGUCGGCUGCUUGAUCGGCCUCUGCACCGUCUUACUGCUCAUGUACAUGUUCUGACGCACCCAUGGCUCAGGCGUGUUGCAGCCUGACGACCCACAUCUGUGGGCGCGCCGAGCUCUUCGCUACUUUCUGUAAUACGGACACUGGGUAGUGUUAAUGGAUAUAUUCUUAUUGGACCGAUAUUGCUUUGGAGGCCACCUGUUAUUCCAAGAAAGUGUGAUGUGAACGCGGACGAGCCGCCACAGCUGUACAGAAAUGCUCAUCCGGCAGUUCUGUCUGUCCACUGGAGCAUACCUCAUUGUUCCAUCGUAUCCGCCGUUCUCAUCGGCGACCGGCACACCAGACAUCGCUCCAGAACCCAACCUCAGUCAGUCGCUUUCCGAGUUCUCCGCCUCCCACUCCUCGAUCGCCCGGUCCCUCCUCUGCUUCCGCUUGACGGACGGCCUAUGGCCGCCGCGCUCGAACGCCCUCCAGUUCUCCGCCAGCCGCCGCACGGCGCCCCACCGAUCCUCGGGAGCGUCCGCGUCCGCGUCCCACGCAUCCUCGACGCGCCAGCCCUUGACCUCCGCGAUGGUCUGGAGUAUGUGCCACGUGUACGGCGCCGAGCAGCGCACGUCGUGGAAGUCGGACUCGACGAGGAUCCGGUCGGGCGCGCACGCGGCGAUGAGGUCUUUGUGCGCGGGCGAGCGCGCGUUGAUGACUGUCGAGAGCGAGAGGAAGACGUUUGGAUGUCUUUUCUGAGCGGGGGGGAAGGGGGCAAUGUGGGGAUAUAGGUGUCAGUGGUGCGGAAUGUUAGCAUUGUGUUGCCUGUGCGCGUCACAGACUGGAUAGGCUGAGGCCGCGGGAGCGCACCAACGCUCGCGUUGACCAUCGCGUUCGGGCGUAUGGCCCAUUGCGAGCGGGCGAAGCUGACUCGAACCGCCCUUCUGCACGGACAGGUGCUAGCAUAGUGCAAUCCUCUAGCCCGUCCAGCACCAGGUCUAGCCGGAGAGCCUGUCGUCCCUCACGCACGGGACCCACGACCACGAAAAGACGACACCUACCGCAAUAUCCCUGAACGUCUGAGCGCUCAGCCCACAACUGUGCAAGUCGACGCUAAUCCUAAGCCAUCGCUCUCCGUGCUUCCUGUACAUCCGGUCCAGCACCUCGCCAGUGGCCGCCUGGCACUUGACGCUGUGCAGGCUCACGUUGCGCCCGAGCUCGACCGCGAGACCCAGCUGCGCCUCCAGGACCCCGAGCUGGUGCUCGAGCGGGAUCGUGAAGGGCGAGAGCGAGCGCGGGCCGUCCGCGUCCUCGUCUCCGUGAGUGGGCGCGUACUCGGAGUAAGGCGGGUCGGCGGGGCGACGGUAGGGCACGCGACAUACGCGGUCGAUCCCCACCUCGCCGAGCAUGGCGUUCGG